GCUGGCUGGCUGGCUGGGCUGUGGGGUGGCAGGGGAGGCCAAGGGGGAGGGACGGGGAGAGGAGAAUGAGAAGAUGGAGAGGGGUGAGAGGUGUUAGGGAAGGUUCGGGAGCAAAGCUGUGUGUGAUUGAACCAAUGUCCAUACUAUCUUACUACACAAUAAAAAUAUAAAGCGAAAAUUGCACCAUUUGAGAGUUAGAAGUGUGUUAUGUGAGGGUUGAUACUUUGCUGCCUCUCUUUUACCCUAUUCAGAGAGAGUGAUAUGUUAUGUGAGGGUUGUUGACUGCGACAAACUCUCCCACUGGCCACAAACAUGAGACCACGCUGUCCUUUCAGCACCGCGGAGUGACUACCAGCAUGUACCUGUCAGACGAACGCUGUCCAUUCAGUGGUGCUGAAGGUUAAUCAUGAACGCAUUCGCUAGAACCUCAUUUGUACUUUCUCAUUUUGCCAUCGUUUGGUCGAGUUUGCUUUUAUUUGCCAUGCGUCCUUGUUGAAUGUACGCAAUAUCAUACCUGAUGUAUACAUUUUAUUUUAAUGCAUUCUGUCGAUGUAUCUGUCAUUGUUUGCAUUUACAGGUCAGCUGUUUAGUGCGCCGAUUUCUUUCAUUUUGAUGUCGGCCUUAUUGUAACACGAUGGCCUUUUUACUUUAGUGGCUUUAAUGUGUAUGUUGUGUAGUGUCUUUGGAGUGUGAUUAGAGCGGACCCUAGCUGGAUUCCAGCAGCACUAGGCUGUAGAUAUUAAUGCGCUAGCAGUACUAGGCUGCAGUAGGCUGUAGAUAUUUACAACGCUCCAGAGAUGGAGGGGUAUUUUUGGAGAGAAGCCGCCUGGAAGUGUAUCUCUGGGCAACUAGCUUUUCCCCCACUUACCACCUUAUUUAAGGAGAAGUCCAAAUUUAAACGAUACUGGGCUUGGAUGUAAGAAGGGACCAGGAAAAAAUGUGUUUGUAUGUGUUUGUAUGUGUAACUGGAAAUAGAAAAUAAUACCCAUUACAAGAUUAUAGGAAGGGUAUGAAUAUUUCAGCUGCAGUGGAAUUCUAUUCCCUUCAACCUUCUAACCUCACCCCAUCUUCUGCUUUUUAAUCACUUCUCUCCUUCUUUCUAUUCUUUUUUUUGCUCCACUUUUCCAUCUCUUUGUUGUCCACUCAUUGUGUAUAAUAAAGUAAUGAGUCUUGAGGUUAGAAAGUUAGCAAAAAUAGAUAAGAUCUUGCUACCAUGGAAAGGUCUAUUUGUGGAAAAAUCCCCCUGAUUAACUCUUUAAUAUUAUCCCAGUUUACCUAUUUGCUUAUGGUCUUGCCUACACCUAGCGAACAGUUCUUUUAAUUAUAUGAGAAAAAAAGAUUCCAUUUUAUUUGGAACGGCAAACCAGGCAAAAUUAAACGGGCCUAUUUAUAUAAUGAAUAUGAAUUCGGAGGACAGAAAUUAUUCAAUAUUAAAGCAUUAGACCUAUCACUAAAAGCUUCAGUCAUACAAAAGUUAUACUUAAAUCCGAACUGGUUCUCUAGCAAAUUAGUAAGAUUGUCUCACCCCAUGUUCAAGAAUGGCUUUUUCCCCUUUAUUAAGAUUACAACCUCUCACUUUCAGUUAUUUGAAAAGGAAGUUCAGGAGUAAAAGCAAAGAAAAUAUAAUUAUUGUAAAAUUGACUGUGUCCAUAAAAUGUAUAUAGUAUGUAUAAGCUGGAAGUAGAGGCCUAAGCGUUAUUGUUCACUAGUUUACUCCAAUUAGGGAAGGGGUGGUGGGGUUGGAAAGUAAUAAAGGGAAAUAUAUUUUUAAAAGGAUAUGUAUAUACAGUGGGGGAAAAAAGUAUUUAGUCAGCCACCAAUUGUGCAAGUUCUCCCACUUAAAAAGAUGAGAGAGGCCUGUAAUUUUCAUCAUAGGUACAUGUCAACUAUGACAGACAAAAUGAGAAAAAAAAUCCAGAAAGUCACAUUGUAGGAUUUUUAAUGAAUUUAUUUGCAAAUUAUGGUGGAAAAUAAGUAUUUGGUCAAUAACAAAAGUUUCUCAAUACUUUGUUAUAUACCCUUUGUUGGCAAUGACACAGGUCAAACGUUUUCUGUAAGUCUUCACAAGGUUUUCACACACUGUUGCUGGUAUUUUGGCCCAUUCCUCCAUGCAGAUCUCCUCUAGAGCAGUGAUGUUUUGGGGCUGUCGCUGGGCAACACAGACUUUUAACUCCCUCCAAAGAUUUUCUAUGGGGUUGAGAUCUGGAGACUGGCUAGGCCACUCCAGGACCUUGAAAUGCUUCUUACGAAGCCACUCCUUCGUUGCCCGGGCGGUGUGUUUGGGAUCAUUGUCAUGCUGAAAGACCCAGCCACGUUUCAUCUUCAAUGCCCUUGCUGAUGGAAGGAGGUUUUCACUCAAAAUCUCACGAUACAUGGCCCCAUUCAUUCUUUCCUUUACACGGAUCAGUCGUCCUGGUCCCUUUGCUGAAAAACAGCCACAAAGCAUGAUGUUUCCACCCCCAUGCUUCACAGUAGGUAUGGUGUUCUUUGGAUGCAACUCAGCAUUCUUUGUCCUCCAAACACGACGAGUUGAGUUUUUACCAAAAAGUUAUAUUUUGGUUUCAUCUGACCAUAUGACAUUCUCCCAAACCUCUUCUGGAUCAUCCAAAUGCACUCUAGCAAACUUCAGACGGGCCUGGACAUGUACUGGCUUAAGCAGGGGGACACGUCUUGCACUGCAGGAUUUGAGUCCCUGGCGGCGUAGUGUGUUACUGAUGGUAGGCUUUGUUACUUUGGUCCCAGCUCUCUGCAGGUCAUUCACUAGGUCCCCCCGUGUGGUUCUGGGAUUUUUGCUCACCGUUCUUGUGAUCAUUUUGACCCCACGGGGUGAGAUCUUGCAUGGAGCCCCAGAUCAAGGGAGAUUAUCAGUGGUCUUGUAUGUCUUCCAUUUCCUAAUAAUUGCUCCCACAGUUGAUUUCUUCAAACCAAGCUGCUUACCUAUUGCAGAUUCAGUCUUCCCAGCCUGGUGCAGGUCUACAAUUUUGUUUCUGGUGUCCUUUGACAGCUCUUUGGUCUUGGCCAUAGUGGAGUUUGGAGUGUGACUGUUUGAGGUUGUGGACAGGUGUCUUUUAUACUGAUAACAAGUUCAAACAGGUGCCAUUAAUACAGGUAACGAGUGGAGGACAGAGGAGCCUCUUAAAGAAGAAGUUACAGGUCUGUGAGAGCCAGAAAUCUUGCUUGUUUGUAGGUGACCAAAUACUUAUUUUCCACCAUAAUUUGCAAAUAAAUUCAUUAAAAAUCCUACAAUGUGAUUUUCUGGAUUUUUUUCCCCUCAAUUUGUCUGUCAUAGUUGACGUGUACCUAUGAUGAAAAUUACAGGCCUCUCUCAUAUUUUUAAGUGGGAGAACUUGCACAAUUGGUGGCUGAUUAAAUACUUUCCCCCCCCCACUGUAUGUAUAUGUAUGUAUGUGUAUAUGUAUGUGUAUGUAUGUAUAUGUAUAUAUACACUACCGUCCAAAAGUUUGGGGUCACUUAGAAAUGUCCUUGUUUUCCAUGAAAUGAGUUUGAAUUGGAAAUAUAGCAAAAUGAAUAGGAAAUGUAGUCAUUGACAAGGUUAGAAAUAAUGAUUUUUAAUUGAAAUAACAAUUAUGUCCUUCAAACUUUGCUUUCAUCAAAGAAUCCUCAAUUUGCAGCAAUUACAGCCUUGCAGACCUUUGGCAUUCUAGUUGUGAAUUUGUUGAGGUAAUCUGAAGAGAUUUCACCCCAUGCUUCCUGAAGCACCUCCCACAAAUUGGAUUGGCUUGAUGGGCACUUCUUACGUACCAUACGGUCAAGCUGCUCCCACAACAGCUCAAUAGGGUUGAGAUACGGUGACUGUGCCGGCCACUCCAUUAUAGACAGAAUACCAGCUGACUGCUUCUUCCCUAAAUAGUUCUUGCAUAGUUUGGAGCUGUGCUUUGGGUCAUUGUCCUGUUGUAGGAGGAAAUUGGCUCCAAUCAAGCACCGUCCACAGGGUAUGGCAUGGCGUUGCAAAAUGGAGUGAUAGCCUUCCUUCUUCAAGAUCCCUUUUACCCUGUACAAAUCUCCCACUUUACCACCACCAAAUCACCCCCAGACCAUCACAUUGCCUCCACCAUGCUUGACAGAUGGCAUCAAGCACUCCUCCAGCAUCUUUUCAUUUGGUCUGCGUCUCACAAAUGUUAUUCUUUGUGAUCCGAACACCUCAAACUUCGAUUCGUCUGUCCAUAACACUUUUCCCAAUCUUCCUCUGUCAAGUGUCUGUGUUCUUUUACCCAUCUUAAUCUUUUCUUUUUAUUGGCCAGUCUGAGAUAUGGCUUUUUCUUUGCAAUUCUGCCUAGAAGGUCAGCAUCCCGGAGUCGCCUCUUCACUGUUGACAUUGAGACUGAUGUUUUGCGGGUACUAUUUAAUGAAGCUGCCAGUUGAGGACCUGUGAGGCGUCUGUUUCUCAAACUAGACACUCUAAUGUAUUUGUCUUCUUGCUCACUUGUGCACUGGGGCCUCCCGCUCCUCUUUCUAUUCUGGUUAGAGCCAGUUUGCGCUGUUCUGUGAAGGGAGUAGUACACAGCAUUGUACGAGAUCUUCAGUUUCUUGGCAAUUUCUCGCAUGGAAUAGCCUUCAUUUCUCAGAACAAGAAUAGAUUGACGAGUUUCAGAAAAAAAGUUAUUUGUUUCUGGCCAUUUUGAGCCUGUAAUCGAACCCACAAUUGCUGAUGCUCCAGAUACUCAACUAGUCUCAAGAAGGCCCGUUUUAUUGCUUCUUUAAUCAGCACAACAGUUUUCAGCUGUGCUAACAUAAUUGCAAAAGGGUUUUCUAAUGAUCAAUUAGCCUUUUAAAAUGAUGAACUUGGAUUAGCAAACACAACAUGCCAUUGGAACACAGGACUGAUGGUUGCUGAUAAUGGGCCUCUGUACGCCUAAGUAGAUAUUCCAUUCAAAAUCAGCCGCUUCCAGCUACAAUAGCCAUUUACAACAUUAACAAUGUCUAAACUGUAUUUCUGAUCAAUUUGAUGUUAUUUUAAUGGACAAAAAUAUGAUAUAUAUAUUUGCGAGAAGAAAAAAAACAUAUGGGGGAUUGGAAGUGAUGCAGACAGUUACAUUGAUGGAAGUUGCAAUCUAUCUGCAAUAUUAAAGCUGAUCUACCCCCCCCCCCCCCCCCCCCACCAAAAAAAGAAAACAAAUCUAAAUGAGUCUUGAGGUUCCCUGUGUACUUCUAGAGAAUAAAUAUAGAGACUACACUGAGUGGACAAAACAUUAGGAACACCUUCCUAAUAUUACAUUGCCCCCCCACAGUUGUGUCAAGUUGGCUGGGUGUCCGUUGGGUGGUGGACAAGUCUUGAUACACAUGGGAAACUGUUGAGCGUGAAAAACCACUUAAAUAUUUUGUGUUCCAUUUUUUUAUUAUACACUCUGUGUUUUUUCCUGUGUAGGUCAAGGAUUUCCCAAAACCCCAGACAGAGAGAGGGAUAGAGAGACAAGAAAGAUGAAAGAAUGAAAGGAGACACAAUAGAGAAAGAAUAGAGAAAGCAGCAGAGAUAGCGUGAAACAAAGAGAGAAGGUAGAGAGAUAAAAAGCAUUAGAGUGCUGAUGUGUAUCAGUGAGGACAGUCCUGUCAGUGAGGCUCCUUUCUCUAAAUGCCUUUGCCAUUUUCCCUCUCUAUCCGUCUCUGCCCACCCUCGCACCCUUGCCCUCGGGGUCCUUCUGCUGCGUCUGAGCUGUCUGGGGACGCCUGCUGUUUUAAACAAAAUAAUGGAGUGUGGGCCCGGCUGUGUGUGCAGAGGGAGCAGUAGAGUGUGUGUUUUUCCUGGCUUCGCCGUAUAAAAAUAGAAGCAUUGGGAUGUCACCUCGUGUUGCAGAGUAUCCUGGCACCAGCUGACCCACACUGACCCAUACUGACCCACACUGACCCACACUGACCCACACUGACCCAUACUGACCCACACUGACCCAUACUGACCCACACUGACCCACACUGACCCACACUGACUCAUACUGACCCACACUGACCCACACUGACCCACACUGACCCAUACUGACCCACACUGACCCACACUGACCCAUACUGACCCAUACUGACUCACACUGACCCACACUGACCCACACUGACCCACACUGACCCACACUGACUCAUACUGACCCACACUGACCCACACUGAAUACAUACAGUGCACUCUUAGAAAAAAAGGUGCUAAGUAGAACCAUAUAGGGUUCUUCAGUUUGUUCCCAUAGGGGAACCCUUUGUAGAGGGUUCUACCUAGAACCCUCCAUGUAAGGUUCUACAUAGAACCCUAUUUAUAUGGUUCUAAUUAGAACCCUAUACGAAGGGCUCCACCAAUAAACCUUUUAUAAUCUAAAGGUUCUUCCUAGAACCCCCUAUGAAUUGUUGCACCAGCCUUAUUAGCCUUUAAAAUUGAAUUCUUUAUGACAUUACUUGAUAUACAUUAUAUCAUAAGGCCUCUCGUUGAGGAAUCCAGACAGAGUUAGGAUUUCCAAGACGUGGAAUUUUUGAUCACCCACAAUCUGCAUUCAGAAUGACUGUCUGUCAUGCCCUGAUCAGUUUCACCUGUCUUGUGCUUGUCUCCACCCCCCACCAGGUGUCUCCAUUUGUCACCAUUAUCCCUUGUGUAUUUAUACCAGUGUUUUAUGUUUGUCUGUUGCCAGUUCAUCUUGUCCCAUCAAGUCCUACCAGCGUGUUCCUGUUUCCUGUGCUCUAGUUUUUGUUUUUCCUAGUCUUCCCAGUUCUGACCUUUCUGCCUGUCCUGACCCUGAUCCUGCCUUCCGCCCUGUACCUGCCUGACUCUGAUUUGGAUUACGACUCUUUGCCUGUCCUUGACUUACCUUUUGCCUGCCCCUUGAACUGUAAUAAACUCUGAGACUCGUACUAUCCAGCUCCUGUGUCUGCAUCUGGGUCUUAGCCUGAGCCGUGAUAGUACGAACUGGCCAUGACUGACCCAGCAGACUCGGACCAGCUCCGCGACGCUGUCUCCUCCCACGGAGCCACCAUUGGAAGACACAAGGAGUUACUUCACAACCUUAUGGAAAGAUUCCAGACCUUGGCGGAAUGGCACGACCGUGCUUUCCAUACAGUGCUGGAGCAAAUCCACAGAUUAUCUAUUAGGCAGCCAGCCACUACUGUAAUUCCACUGACUCUCAGCAACCCUGCCACCAGCGACACUUCUUCCCAGCCUACCCCGGUGUCCUGAGAACCUCGCUUACCUCCUCAAGAGCGCUACGCUGCAGAUUCUGGAACCUGCCGGGCUUUUCUCUCCCAGUGCUCUCUCAUCUUCGAGCUGCAGCCUUCUUCGUUCCCCUCAGACAGCUCGAAGAUAACAUACCUCAUAACACUGAUGUCCGGGAGGGCACUCGCCUGGGCUACGGCGGUGUGGGAGCAACAGUCCACUGUUUGCCUUAGUCUGGAGGAGUUUGUGGCGGAGGUACGAAAAGGGUUUGAUUCUUCAUUGUCCAGGAGAGAGGCUGCUUGUAAGCUGCUCCAACUACGUCAAGACUCCCAUAGUGUGGCAGACUACGCGGUGGAUUUUCGCACGUUGGCGGCUGAGAGUGCCUGGAACCUGGAAGCCCUGCUCAACACGUUUCUUCACGGAUUAUCGGAGGUGAUUAAAGACGCGCUCGCAGCCCGGGAGCUGCCCAUGGACCUCGACUCCCUCAUAUCUUUGACCAUCCGGAUCGAUGGGCGGUUACGGGAACGUAGGAGGGAGAGGGAGUCUGUUCCCUAUCAACCCUCGCUCGUCCUCGAUUUCCACCUCGCCUCAGAGGAAUCCCGGAAAUCACCAAAGUCUACACUUCCGAGUGAAUCCGAUGUCACCAGAAUUCUCUCGGAAAUCACUGAGGGUUGCCGACUCACCUCCUCUGGAGCCUAUGCAACUUGGCAGAGCUAGAUUGUCUCCUGCCGAACGGUUAAGCAGACUGAACAUCAAGAGCUGUCUGUAUUGUGGGACUACAGGUCAUUACUUUUCUACCUGUCCUGUAAAAAGACCUGGCUCAUCAGGCGGUAUGAGUAGGCUGGUGGGCAUUACGGAGAAUGUCCAGUCUCCCCUUACUAGUAUCCCUUUCCAUGCCAUCCUGCUGUGGGGUGACUGGUCCAAAUCUCUCCGGGUACUCAUUGACUCUGGGGCCGAUGAGAGUUUUAUGGACGCUACCCUGGUGUCAGAGUUAGGGAUCCCCACUCAAACCCUCUCCAUUCCCAUGGACGUCAGAGUGCUGAAUGGGCGUUCUAUUGGCAGAGUCACCCACAACACGGUUCCUAUCAACCUGCGAGUGUCAGGCAACCACAGCGAGUCGAUCCAGUUUGUACUUAUCGAAUCCCCUCAGGUACCCGUUGUGUUGGGGUUUUCAUGGCUCCAGAGACACAAUCCCCUUGUGGACUGGACUGUGGGUUCGAUCAAAAAGGGUUGAAGCCCGUUCUGCCACGCUCAUUGUCUGAAGUCGGCGCAGCCUGCCCCGGGACGUCUUCUUGUGGGCUUGUGUAAAGCUUCGGACCUCUCCGUCGUUCCUGCGGAAUACCAGGACCUCCAGGAGGUUUGCAGCAAGGCCCGUGCCACCUCGCUUCCUCCGCAUCGGCCAUAUGACUGCGCCAUCGACCUUCUCCUGGGCACUACACCGCCUCUGGGGCGGCUUUAUUCCCUUUCGGACACCAAGGUGAUUGGAGACGUACAUUGAGGACUCCCUGGCUGCAGGGUGUAUCCGUCCUUCUGCCUCCCCUGCCGACGCAGGGUUCUUCUUUGUGGGGAAGAAGGAAACAACCCUGCGCCCAUGUAUCGACUACCGGGGCCUGAAUAACAUCACGGUUCCACUCAUCGCCUCGGCUUUCGAGCCUCUCCAGGGGGCUACCAUCUUCUCCAAGUUGGACCUCCGGAAUGCCUACCAUCUGGUACGGAUACGGGAAGGGGACGAGUGGAAGACCACCUUUAACAUGGCUAGUGGGUACUAAGAAUACGUGGUGAUGCCAUUCGGACUGACCAACACUCCUGCCGUGUUCCAGGCCCUGGUCAACGAUGUUCUCCGUGACAUGUUGAACCAGUUCGUUUUCGUCAACCUCGAUGACAUUCUCGUUUUUUCCCGCUCGGCUCAAGAACAUGUCCUCCAUGUCCGACAAGUCCUCCAGCGUCUUCUGGAGAACCAGCUAUUCGUCAAAGCAGAGAAAUGGGAAUUCCAUUGCUCCACCAUCUCCUUCCUUGGAUGGAUAUAUCAUCGCUGCAGGCAAUAUACAGAUGGAUCCUGGAAAGGUGAGAGCGGCAGUGGAUUGGCCUCAACCCACCUCCAGAGUGCAGCUGCAACGCUUCUUGGGGUUCGCCAAUUUCUACCGCCGGUUCAUCUGGGGUUACAGCACCCUGGCUUACCCCCUUUCAGCACUCCCCUCUCCCAAGAUCCCAUUCACGUGGUCUCCAGCUGCAGACCGGGCGUUCUUGGACCUCAAGCACCGAUUCACGACCGCCCCCAUCUUAAUCCAUCCAGAUCCGUCCCGGCAGUUCAUGGUCCCGGCAGUUCAUUGGGGCAUCGGCCAACCUGUCCUCCGGUUUUCACCCCCAAUCUAACGGCCAGUCGGAGCGAACCAAUCAGGACCUGGAGACAACUCUUCAUUGCCUCGCCUCCGCCAACCCUACCACCUGGAGCCAGCAACUCGUGUGGGUGAAAUACAACCUCAACAUCCUUCCCUGCUCGGCCACUGGUCUCUUGCCGUGCGAGUGUUCCAUGGGUUAUCAGUCCCCGCUCUUCCCUGAGGAAGAGGUCAGCAUACCUUCGUCCAGAUUUUCGUCCAUCGCUGUCGCCAUACCUGGAAGAGAGCCCGGGCGGCUCUUCUCAAGACCACCUCCAGGUAUCGACGACAGGCAGACCGCCACCGGAACCCUGCUCCCCGCUACCGUCUUGGACAGAGGGUAUGGCUGUCCACUUGGGAUCUGCCCCUCCGGGUGGUGUCCCGCAAACUUUCCCCCCUAUUUAUCGGCCCUUUCCCCUUCUCUAAGAUUCUUAGCCCCUCUGCUGUUUGUCUCCUGUUGCCCCGCACCCUCCGUAUACAUCCCACGUUCCAUGUGUCUAGAAUUAAACCCCUGUCUCACAGCCCUUUGUCUCCUGUUUCCAGGCCCACCCCUCUCCCCCGUCUCAACGACGGCCAUGUGGCAUACACGGUGAGGCGUCUCCUGAGUGUUCGACCUCGGGGCAGGGGUUUCCAGUACCUGGUUGACUGGGAGGGUUAUGGCCCGGAGGACAGGUGCUGGGUCUCCGCUAGGAACAUCCUGAACCCAUUGUUGAGUUCCGCCGCCGGCACCCCGGUCAACCAGGUAUGUACCCGGGUAGGACGCCAGGUGGCGUCCUUAGAGUGGGGGGCUACUGUCAUGCCCUGAUCUGUUUCACCUGUCUUCCUAACAGAUUGGUUUAGUUAAAAUGUUUUAUGUUAUUUAUCUUUGUGUAGCAUAAAAUUAAUCAACCAUGCAAAAACACAUUAAAACAAACAAUUCUGAAAAUCAUCCUGCAAUAGAGGAUGCUGGGAAAUAUUAUAUUGGUUCUAUGUAGAACCCUUCUUGCCUUCCAAAGAAACAUCAAAGAACCCUUUCUUCCAAAAAUGGUUCUUAGGAUAUUAAAGGUUCAAAAUUUAGGUAGAACUCUUUGCCUUACAAAGAACCCUUGUCUUCCAAAAAGGGUUCUUCAGAUCAAAAUAGUUAUUGGUAGAACCCUAUCCCUACGCAAAGAACCCUUUUGGAACCCUUUUUUCUAAGAGUGUAGGUAUCAUAAGUACUCACCCCCCUUAUAUUGAUCUGUGCGCUGUUGUAUCGGCGUUCGUGCUACGUGUUACUGUACAUUGUAUUAUGGUUUACAUACCGUGUCAUUGUGCACUUGUUUUUACGGGUCUCGUCCCGUGUAUUAUUUAGAGGUUUACACCUCGCUCUUUUGUUUGGGUUACAUCCCUGUGUUAUAUAUAUACGUGUUUGUUUUGGGCUUCGUCCCUGUUGUUUUUCAUGGCGUACCUUAUGUUGGGGAGAGAAAUAAAAAAAACUAUUAGGUAUUCCUGCGCCUGUCUUCUAUCAGUAUACAACGUGACACCCUGGUCUUUGUAGUUGAAUCUGUGCUUGAAAUUCCAUACUUGACUGAGGGACCUUGUAUGGGGGGCAGAGGAAAGGUUAGUCAUUCAUAAAUCAUGUCAACCCCUAUUAUUUCACACAGAGUGAGUCCAUGUAAAUUAUUAUGUGAUUUGUUACGCCACAUUUUACUCCUGAACUAAUUUAGGCUUGCCUAAACAAAAAGGGUGAAUACUUUUUCAACAACUAUAUUUUAGUUAUUACAUUUUUAUUAAUUUGUAAACGUUUGUAGAAUUGUAUUUUCACUUUGACAUUAUAGAGUAUUUUGUGUAGAUCAGUGACUAAAAAUCACAACUAAAUCCAUUUCAAUCCCAAUUUGUCACGUAACAAAAAAAUCCAAGGGGGGUGAAUACUGCCGAUACCCACUGUACAUCCUCUAUGGAAGGUCUCAGUCCUGCUCCUGCUCUUCUAACUAACCCCUCUUCUUGUCUACUUUUCCAUCUCAUUAAACUCUUGUUCCUGAUCUCUGUUUGUGUCUGUCUUUUUCGCCUGCUCGGAGCGCUGAGAUGUGCUUUAGCUAACGUGUAUAGGGUAAAUACAGACUUACCCUCGUCUUAGUAAGACAGAGCAAUCUGAUGUUGGCAUGCAAACACACACACACACUGUUCCCCUCAUUGCCAAUGACCGUCACGAGGCAUUGAAUGGUCAGUGAUACGAAAGGCUCUUUCUAGGGUUGAUUAACACACGAUUGAAAUUAAACGGUUAAAAUUCAUUAAGCAGACCAUGAGAUUCAGGUCUCAUCCUCACCAGACUGGAAUACAUGCCCUAAAACCUUAAUGUUGGGUUCUAAUUGAAACCUUCUGGGAGAUUUUGAAGAAUAGAAUCUCAAUGUAUAGAAUUGAAGAAAUUAAGGUCCUCCCAAGUGGUGCGGCGGUCUAUGGCACUGCAUCGCAGUGUUGCGGUGUCACUACAGCCUGUGGUUCGAUCCCACUGUGUCACAACCAGCUGUGACCAGCUGUGACCGGGAGUCCGAUAGGGUGGCACACAAUUGGCCCAGCAUCAUCCUGGCUAGGGGAGGGUUUGGCCUGGGGGGCUUUACUUGGCUCAUCGCACUCUAGCAACUCCUUGUGACAGGCCAGGCGCCUGCAGGCUGACUUCGGUCGUCAGUUGAACGGUGCUUCCUCCGACACAUUGGUGCAGCUGGCUUCCGGGUUAAGUGGGCGGGUGUUAAGAAGCGCGGUUUGGCGUGUCACGCAUGACUCGACCUUCCGAGUUGCAGCGAUGAGACAAGAUCGUAAUCACGAAAUUGGAUAGAAAAAGGGGGUAAAAAUUACAAAAUAAAUAAAUCAUUACAUAUAGAAUUGAAGAAGUUAGAUCCUUCCAGUAUAUUCUGCCUGGUGCCUGUGUUCAGUAUGAAGAUUAAACAGACAUGGGAUGCCUGUGUGGAGAUAGCUCUCCCAGGAUAGGGUGAAAAUUAGAAGGAAAGAGUGACAGAAAGAAGGUGAAAGAUGGAGAGCGACAUAAUAGUGAGAGGUAGAGAAGGAAUGAGUGACAGAAAGAGAGGGGGAGAAAUGGAGAGUGGGUGUGUGAGAGAGAAAGCAUGAGGAAGAGAAAGGGAGAUGACAGUGUUUAUCCUCAGUUAGAAUGCCCAUGGGAGAGAGAGUCCUCAGUGUUACUCUGAGUCUGCCUGAAUACAAGGAAACUCUCCACAAAUAGACACUCUGUCACAUUGAAGAAAAUCAUUGAGACGUUUUUAUUCUUCUGUUAUUUUUUUUCUCUUGUACUGGAGGUGUAGUCUUUUCAGAACCAUUUUAACAUUUGAUGGUGGGGUGGGUGGUCUCUCUCUCUCUCGCUCUCUCUCUCUUUCUCACUCUCUCUCUGCCUACCCCCUCUUUCUCUCUCUCUGUCUCUCUCUUACUCUUUCUCUUGCUCUCGCUCUGUCUGUCUACCCCCCCCCCCCCCCCCCCCUCCUCUCCGUCUGUCUACAGAACUUUAACCCUUACCCCUUUAGGACUCCGACCGUGAAGGCCAGAGUUGACACAACGCCCAAGAAUGAAACUAAUUGAGCACAAUGGAUUGAGCUCUUAACUCUGUCUUUAAUCUCAGGAGCAUGACCUAUAAAAUGUGAAGAUGACUCAUGCUUUACUUUCUCCAUUUCUAACCAUAGUACCAGUGUAAAUAACUCUGUGUCUUGAUCAUUACCUGCCAAAGGCGUCAUUCAUCCUUCAUGUUAUUUAUGUGACGUGAAACGUGUUUCCUCUGAAAUGUAUGGUAAAUAAAAACAGACGGCCUGCCAGAGGAGUGUCCUUGGUAAACUACACAAGAGACCCCAUGGAGAGAUGGAGAGAAGGAGGAGGAGGAGGAAGAGGAGGAGGAGGAGGAGGAGGUGGAGGAGGACGAGGAGGAGGAGGAGACGGGAUGAUAGAGGGGUGUGGCGCAAAUGACACCUUAUUCCCUAUGUAGUUCACUACUAUUAUAGGACGAAAACAUGGACUGUCGUCUGGUAUUACAUCUAACCUCACCGGGAGUGAUGAGGGAAGUCUGUACACACUGUCAGGAGUGGGCUGUACUGUAAUUCAAAACAAGAUGUGUUGACUUGAAUUGCACACUGACUGGCUGUAUUCCAGCAGUCUCAACCCCUCUCUGGAGCCCCUGACUGAUCGGGGAACAGUUGUUCAGAAGGAAGACCUGCUCCGUACCCAUCGUCUAUCACCACAUCCACCCGACCCACAGAACUUUAUGACCAUGAACAAUUCAAACAUCACAUGGGGCCAGAACACCCACUCUAGCAGAGGUCAGAGAUAAAGCUCUUUAUUAUCCUUGAUUGUUUUUAUAAUCAAGGAUAUAUAAUCAUUGAUGUUUAUAAGCGAAUACAUACAUGUAUCUAUAAAUAUCUUAUAAGCCUAACAUAUUGUUGUGAGAUGAACAGUAGACAUGUGUGCGUAUGCAUGUGUGUGUGUGUGGACUGUGGUUGUAGGGGUGUGCACACUGUGUGUGUGUGUGUGUGUGUGUGUGUGUGUACUGUGUUUAUUUACAAGCUCAGGGUAAUAGCUGGGGGUACAUACCCAUUUAUGCAAAGGUAAGCUGAUUAGAGAGGAGAGGACAGCAUGGUGGGGGACAUAGACUCACAAAAACCUCCUUUACACAAACUUUCUCUGCUCUCCCAGCUGCUGGGUCAUGCCACCAAUUAGGUGCAUUUUGAGUAGUGUAACUUGGUGAAAACUGAAAAUGUCCAAAAAGAGUAGAACCAGCUUACCUGCUUUUACACUAUGAUUUGACUAUUAGAUGUUCAAUUUCUCUUUUGAAAAAUAUAUUUAAAAAGGAAUAGUUUCACCAUAUUAAAACGAGAGUUCAGUUCACGUAACAGGGUUGGCCUUAAUGAGGGACAGGUUUCUUUUUCUUAAAAUGAAUCACUAAUAAAAUGAAAUAAAUAAUAAUCUUCAGAAAUUACUUUGUCAAAGUAACAAAAUAACUAGGGAUUUACAAUGAUAGUGAAAACUUUGAGAAAUGUUAGGGUUAAGUAGGUUAAAAUCUUUCUUCACUGAACAAAAAAUAUAAACGGAACAUGCAACAAUUUCAAAUAUUUUACUGAGUUACAGUUCAUAUAAGGAAAUCAGUCAAUUGAAAUAAAUUCAUUAGCCCCUAAUCUAUGGAUUUCACAUGACUGGGAAUACAGAUAUUCAUCUGUUGGUCACAGAUACCUUUAAAAAAAGGUAGGGGCGUGGAUCAGAAAACUAGUCAGUAUCUGGUGUGACCACCAUUUGUCGCAUAGAGUUGAUCAGGCUGUUGAUUGUGGAAUGUUGUCCCACUCCUCUUCAAUGGCUGUGCGAAGUUGCUGGAUCUUGGCAGGAACUGGAACACCCUGUCAUACACGUCGAUCCAGAGCAUCCCAAACAUGCUCAAUUGGUGACAUGUCUGGGUAGCAUACAGGCCAUGGAAGAACUGGCACAUUUUCAGCUUCCAGUAAUUGUGUACAGAUCCUUGUGACAUGGGGCCGUGCAUUAUCUUGCUGAAACAUGAGGUGAUGGCGGUGGAUGAAUGGCACGACAUUGUGCCUCAGAACCUCGUUACGGUAUCUCUGUGCAUUCAAAUUGCCAUCGAUAAAAUGCAAUUGUGUUCGUUGUCUGUAGCUUAUGCCUGCCCAUACCAUAACCCCACCGCCAUCAUGGGGCACUCUGUUGACAAUGUUGACAUCAGCAAACUGCUCGCCCACAAAAUGCGAUACACACUGUCUGCCAUCUGCCUGGUACAGUUGAAACUGGGAUCCAUCCGUGAAGAGCAUACUUCUCCAGAGUGCCAGUGGCCAUCUAAGGUGGGCAUUUGCCCACUGAAGUCGGUUAUGACGCCGAACUGCAGUCAGGUCAAGACCCUGGUGAGGACGACGAGCACGCAGAUGAGCUUCCCUGAGACGGUUUCUGACAGUUUGUGCAGAAAUUCUUCGGUUGUGCAAACCAACAGUUCAUCAGCUGUCCGGGUGGCUGGUCGCAGACGAUCCCGCAGGUGAAGAAGCCGGAUGUGAAGGUCCUGGGCUGGCAUGGUUACACGUGGUCUGCGGUUGUGAGGCCGGUUGGACGUACCACCAAAUUCUCUAAAAUGUUGUUGGAGGCGGCUUAUGAUAGAGAAAUUAACAUUAAAUUAUCUGGGAACAGCUCUGGUGGACAUUCCUGCAGUCAGCAUGACAAUUGCACGCUCCCUCAAAACUUGAGACAUCUGUUGCAUUGUGUUGUGUGACAAAACUGCUUAUUUUAGAGUGGCCUUUUAUUGUCCCCAGCACAAGGUGCACCUGUGUAAUGAUCAUGCGGUUUAAUCAGCUUCUUGAUAUGCCACACCUGUCAGGUGGAUGGAUUAUCUUGGCAAAGGAGAAAUGGUCACUAACAGGGAUGGUAACACAUUUUUGCAAAACAUUUUAGAGAAAUAAGCUUUUUGUGUGUAUGGAACAUUUCUGGGAUUUUUUAUUUAAUCUCAUGAAACAUGGGACCAACACUUUGCAUGUUGCGUUUACAUUUUUGUUCAGUGUAGAAGUCACAGAGGGACAUGUCAAAAUGCUGAAUUUCGGCACUUUAGCAAGUCUUUAUUUAUAUAAAAAAUCUGAUUUAUUGAAUUCUCCAUGUGGUCUAUAUUAAAUGUCACUUCAUGUAAUAUAACAGGCUUUUGAAAUGCAAUAUUUUUGCACAAUUUCUACUUCAAAUAUCAAAGGGAUGCAAAAGGAACUCAUUUCGUGGAACGACCCUGCUGCUAUCUGCCUCCAACAGUACAGCUCAGUACAGCACAGACACACAUGCCCAACUACUCCAUCACCUACAAAACGAAACUAUCCAAAAUGUCUGGCUAAAAGUCUAGCUAAAUGUCUGUCUAAAUGUCUGGCUAAAAGUUUGGCUAAAUGUCUGGCUAAAAGUCUGUCUAAAUGUCUGGCUAAAAGUCUGGCUAAAUGUCUGGCUAAAUACAGCAGAGUGAAAGGAUUACGUAUAAGUAUGUGGACACCGGCUUGUCAAAUAUCUCAUUCCAAAAUCAUGGGUAUUAAUACGGAGUUGGGCCUUCCUUUGCUGCUGUAACAGCCUCGACUCUUCUGGGAAGGCUUUCCACUAGAUGUUGGAACAAUGCUGCGGGGACUUGCUUCCAUUCAGCCACAAGGGCAUUAGUGAGGUUGGGCACUGAUGUUGGGUGAUUAAGCCUGGCUCGCAGUCGGCGUUCCAAUUCAUCCCAAAGGUGUUCGAUGGGGUUGAGGUCAGGGAUCUGUGCAGUCAAGUAGAGUUCUUCCACAUCGAUCUCGACAAACCAUUUCUGUAUGGACCUCGCUUUGUGCACGGGGGCAUUGUCAUGCUGAAACAGGAAAGGGCCUUCCCCAAACUAUUGCCACAAAAUUGGAAGCACAGAAUCGUCUAGAAUGUCAUUGUAUGCUGUAGCGUUAAGAUUUCCUGUCACUGGAACUAAGGAGCCUGAACCAUGAAAAACUGCCCCAGACCAUUAUUCCUCCUCCACCAAACUUUACAGUUGGCACUAUGCAUUGGGGCAGGUAGCAUUCUCCUGGCAUAUGCCAAACCCAGAUUUCAGAUGGUGAAGCGUGAUUCAUCACUCCAGAGAACGCAUUUCCACUGCUCCAAUGGCGGCGAGUUUUACACCACUCCAGCCGAUGCUUGGCAUUGCGCGUGAUGAUUUUAGGCUUAUGUGCGGCUGCUCAGCCAUGGAAACCCAUUUCAUGAAGCUCCCGACGAACAGUUCUUGUGCUGACGUUGCCACCAGAGGCAGUUUGGAAUUCGGUGAUGAGUGCUGCAACCGAGGACAGACAGUUGUUACGCGCUAUGCACUUCAGCACUUGAAAGUCCCAUUCUGUGAGCUUGUGUGGCUUACUACUUCGCGGCUGAGCCGUUGUUGCUCUUAGAUGUUUCCAUUUCACAAUAACAGCACUUACAGUUGACCGGAGCAGCUCUAGCAGGGCAUACAUUUGGCUAACUGACUUACAUUCAGUACGGGCCAUUCCAAUGUUUGUCUAUGGAGAUUGCAUGGCGGUGUGCUCAAUUUUAUACACCUGUCAGCAACGGGUUUGGCUGAAAGAGCCGAAUGGGUGUCCACAUACUUUUGGCCAUGUAGUGUAUUAGGUGGUAUCAAACACUAAAGCUAAUAUGUAUGACUGUAUAAAGUGGAGCUCAUAUUCAGCAUAUACUGCACCUUGCCUCUGUAAGUAGUGCGAUAGAGCCACACAGCGCUGCAUUAUCCUCCAGGACUCUGCUAGUCAGAAGUUACUAAGUAAUAUAUUUAGCUGUCUGAUCAUUGUUAUGCGUGCAAAAUCAAUUAAGUGUCUAAAUAGGUCAUUUACAGCCCAGCAGUCAGUUGUGUGUGUAUGUGUGUGUGUGUGUGUGUGUGUGUGUGUAUAAGUGUGUAAUGUGAGCGAAUAUGUAGUCUACUAUGAAUGAGCGUGUAUCUAAUCCAUAGAUUUAUAUAUACAGAUCUAAUCCCUUAUUAAGACAAAAACCAUAGAGUGGGGGACAUGAUGAUGCCCUAUACUCUAUGGUGCUUUUUCUGUGACCAGGUCAUCUUAUUUAGCUGGCAGGAGGAACAGGAGGAAUAGGAGGCACAUUUAUACUGUCCAAUUAACCAGCCAGGUCAUGACAAACACAGAGACCAUACCUCUCGGUUACUCACUCCCUGUUAUACUAAUGAGAGAGCGAGCGCGAGAGCGAGCGCGAGAGGGAGGUUACCUGACAUGACCUACCUUGGCUGUGUCCUCUUUUGCAUGGAUCAGGUGUUCUGAUGAAGCCUGGAUUCAGAUAAAGGGAAACAACCAGGUACAGCAGUGAGCACCUGCACGAGACAUGGUAACAGGCACGAGACAACAACAAUAAGUGAAACAAUUAACCCUAAAUGAAUGAUGAAAAAGUCGGGAGUGGCGGUGCGCGCAACCAUCCUGUCUGAACGCACGGCACGACACGUAACCUAUACCUUAGCCUACAAUGGGUUUUGAUGUGUUGUAACUUUUCUUAGAGCUAUCCUGUGAUAACAAUAGUAGGCUUUAUUGUUCAUGUUUAUAUAACUGUUUAUAUAUCUAGAAUUACUACCUCAUGAAAAAAACACGGGCGCGUGAGGUUGCGCCCGAGGUGGGGGCGGGACAAGCCGAAGUUCUCAAUUUCGGAGAGCGCGCGCUGACAUCAACCUCCCCAUGCGCAGUGCCCAGAAAAAUGUAUCUCUAAAUUUUCCCAAUCGACUCCUGCUGUGUGUUUACCAAAUAGUCCUACUUCUUAUAUAAAAGACAUUCCCAGUACACGGAGGUGUAGAUGAAUCCUUCCGGAAUAGUCACCGUGGUUCUUCUGCUCGUGGUCUUGACAGCGCAAGGUAAGAGAAGAGAAGCUUUAUGAAGACGUGCGGAUGUCGGAGAGUUUGGGGAGCGCUGAACCAACUCACAAUAGGAGAGAGCUGAACGCUACUGCAGACUUCACAUAGUAUAAUUUUGGCUAGGCUAUUCAUUACACAGAUACAUCAAUUGUUAAGCCUAUUUAUGUGUGUUCUGUCUCAUUGUAAACAGUUUGCGUUGUUGGUGGGGUGUUCCUUCUGAUUGUGAGACGCACUAGACACCCCGUCUUUCUAUCCGCAGCAUAUCACAUAGGAAACUUUGCCAACAUCUUCCGACAGAAAUUCACGAAAUACAUUGUAAAGAUUGCUGUGUUGGCAUGUUUAAGCUUUUCAACCAAAGUAAUUGUCUUUGCGUGCGAUUCUGUGAUAGCCUAACUUGGAGAAUAAACUAAACCCCAUAAAUAUAUAUUUUUUUAUAGGCUACAAAAGUAGGUCAAAAUCGCAGCGCUAUCUAUUCAGAUGAACAUAAUAUAACGGUAUGCCUAGGCUACGGUUCGUUAUCCCAGGGGAUGAGCAGUGCUGGUGACAUGUCACAUCAUUAGUAUACUAUACAGUAGGCCUACGUCAGCCAUCGAGCUACCGUAGACAACAGCACCGCGUGCAUUCACGCGCACGUAACAUAUGAGUUCUGUUUUUACCGCAUACAUGUCCAUUGAUUCGUAUAUGCGUGCUGAGUGCAUUACUGACGUAUCAGUUCAGCCGUGUCUCUUCAAAACAGAUGGAACGUGAUAAAAUAAAUGACAACAAUAAGCUUUAUGCUUCCAAACCAAACUAAGCUGCAUGUAGCCGAACCUAGCCUUGAACAUUGUGCAUCAUACACACAUCGGGUUUGUCUAUACCUUGAGUAAAUAUAACGGUCCAUUCCAGAGCUGUGGUUAGACUGACAUGGUCAUGUAAUCUGGGCUGUCUGGGUUGAGGAACACCUACAUCUCAUCCGAUGUCUCUGCAUUCUAUAGGCCUAUGUCUGUUCUGUUCUGUUCUCUUCUACUCUAACUUUAUUGUUCCGUUAUGUUCUGUUGUUCUGUUUAGCCACAAUGCAGUUCCACUCUGUUCUCUUCUCUCCCGUGUCACAACGUUCUGUUGUUUGUUCUCAUCUCGGUGCCCAGGGCUGGUUCUGGUUCUAUCCGUCUCUCAGUGUGUUUUUGUGUGUCUUUCUCUCUCUCACACUGUGUGUGUGUGUGUGUGUGUGUGUGUGUGUGUGUGUUUAUGUAAGACCCUUCCUCUAAGACCCUCAUCCUCGUGGGUUGGUUAAGGCGUUCUGACCCUGUGUGUGUGUGUGUGUGUGUGUGUUCCUAACCUGCUCCCUACAGACUUCCCAGGGGACAGGGGCUAAGUGCCUUACAGUCCCACCAAAUAUAUUUAUAACUAACUCAAGAUACUGUAGUUCAUCUGUGUCGUUUACAGUGGGAGCAAAUGAAGCAUAGUGGGCAGAACAAGCAAGGAGGUGGGCAAAGCCAAGCACAAGCUUGCGAGAUCCUGUUGGCGCGUUGUAGCAUGUAUUUGCGUAUUUCCGUUAGGGAACACCUCCUCUGUGAAGUGCGCGUGUGCAUUCGACCUUGCACUCCUUCUAAAGCACAAAGCACUUUUUUUUUUUUUACUUUGGCAAUGCCUCAAGUCUAUAAAACUUAGUGCACUGUGUUCGUAACAGAUUCUAGUUUUGGGAACAUCAACAUUUAUUGAGAUCAGAUGUUUCAUUGAUGAGAAAAUUUGCAGAAUGUUGGACCAGUUUCACCUAGUUCCAUCCUCUCCCACUACCCGCGACUGGACUUCCUCUCACUACCAUAUUUGGUGGUGAGAAAACUUUCUAAACCAAUGCUUCAGCUUUAUAGCCCCUGUGCCUUGUCUGGGUGUACACUUCUGUCGGUGGUCCCACUGUAGCAGCCUGUGAGAGACUGGGACUCACAACUCUCUCUAAUGGUGAGAGAGUUGUGAGUCCCAGGGGCGGCAGGUAGCUUAGUGGUUAAGAGCGUUGUGACAGUAACCGAAAGGUUGCUGGUUCUAAUCCCCGAGCCGACUAGGUGAAAAAUCUGUCGAUGUGCCCUUGAGCAAGGCACUUAACCCUAAUUGCUCCUGUAAGUCACUCUGGAUAAGAGCGUCUGCUAAAUGACAAAAAAAAUAUGAUAAAUGGAGUCAUGAGAAGAAGGUCUCUGUAAAACCACCAGGGUUUACUUCACCUAUUGUCCUUGACCUGUUCUGGACAGGUGCAUGACAGAUAUGGUGUUAUUAUAAAACUUUGCCAAGUGGUUUACGGUAAUAUACUUUUUCUAGGCUAUCCAACUGGCAUCAAAUUGUCCAGAUUACAAUAGAACCUAAAAGGGCCUAUUGCAACCAUUGUUGGUCACCGUAUGUAUUAUCUCCAGUUGAUCUCUCGUCAAACUAUCAAUACCCGCUAAGAUCACCCACACAGAUGAUCUCAAUUGCUUCCAAAUGUUCCAAGACAUGUUCGCCCUCUACAGAGUAGUUUCUUGAGUGUGAAUAAAACCUAGUAAUCUAGCAGACUAAGGAGUGAUUGAACUAUUUGUCAGUCAUUCAGUACAAUGUGGUCCUCUGUAGCUCAAUUGGUAGAGCACGGCGCUUGUAACGCCAGGGUAGUGGGUUCGAUCCCUGGGACCACCCAUACGUAAAAAUGUAUGCACACAUGACUGUACGUCGCUUUGGAUAAAAACGUCUGCUAAAUGGCAUAUUACUAUUAUAUUUACAACGGAAAUACUAUUAUUUCUCAGUAAUUUAUUGAGUAAACAAUAGUGAAGAACCCAGUAGAUAAAUAUGCAGUGUGUAUAAACAGUGUAACAAAAUGCAAUGUACAUUAGUAGAUAUAUUAGAAUGAGCUAUGUGAGUAUACGGUAUAUGAAUACCCAGUGUGAAAAACAGUAAAAAUAAAUAAAGGGAAGUGUCCAGUGUUUAAUGUCUAUUUACAUGGGACAGCAGCGUUGGCUGUGUGUGAGUAUGGGCUGAUGCGUGUAUGUAUGUGAGUCUAUACGUGAGUACAGGAGUCUGCUUGUGUGUGAGCUUGUGUGUGUGUGUGUGUGUGUGUGUGAGAGUCUGUCUUUGUCUCCUACUACAGGAGAUUGCAUGAUGGCUGUUCAACAGUCUGAUGGCCUGGAGAUAGAAGCUGUUCAACAGUCUGAUGGCCUGGAGAUAGAAGCUGUUCAACAGUCUGAUGGCCUGGAGAUAGAAGCUGUUCAACAGUCUGAUGGCCUGGAGAUAGAAGCUGUUCAACAGUCUGAUGGCCUGGAGAUAGAAGCUGUUCAACAGUCUGAUGGCCUGGAGAUAGAAGCUGUUCAACAGUCUGAUGGCCUGGAGAUAGAAGCUGUUCAACAGUCUGAUGGCCUGGAGAUAGAAGCUGUUCAACAGUCUGUUGGCCUGGAGAUAGAAGCUGUUCAACAGUCUGAUGGCCUGGAGAUAGAAGCUGUUCAACAGUCUGAUGGCCUGGAGAUAGAAGCUGUUCAACAGUCUGAUGGCCUGGAGAUAGAAGCUGUUCAACAGUCUGAUGGCCUGGAGAUAUAAGCUGUUCAACAGUCUGAUGGCCUGGAGAUAGAAGCUGUUCAACAGUCUGAUGGCCUGGAGAUAGAAGCUGUUCAACAGUCUGAUGGCCUGGAGAUAGAAGCUGUUCAACAGUCUGUUGGCCUGGAGAUAGAAGCUGUUCAACAGUCUGUUGGCCUGGAGAUAGAAGCUGUUCAGUCUUUCGGUCCCGGCUUUGAUGCUUAUUCAUUGGGGGGCAUGAGUAGAGAACCUAGACACAGCCGUCUGGUAUUAAACUCGCUUGAGAUUAACUGAUCUGCUGGUUUAUUCUUGUGGGUUUUUGGUUGCAAGCAAGUUUAGUCUUAACACGCAUGUGGAUGCAAUCUCCCGUUAGUAGCAUUUUAAGCAAUACAGUGCUUAUACACAGAUGCAAGUUCUGCCUGUUGGUUGCAAUGGGCCAAAUCAAAUAGCUUAAUCUUCACCAACCCUUUCCAAACCCUUACACCCAGCUCCAGUCUUACGUCUGGACCCUUGCAAAGCAGUGCUGUGUUUCUCCCACAACCCGUACAGUAAAACUGCUGCCCAACUUGCCUUUUCAUGGUGUGUGUGUGUACAUGAGUUUGUGUUUGUGUACUAGCGACUCAAAGGCUUGAGGAUCCUUGUAACACGAUUGCUGUGUGAUUAUUGCUUGGCACUUUGGUUUUAGACACACACACACACAGGGCAGGCAAUGUUAAGUGGAUCUCGUGCAGAUUGUGCAAAUUUGGACUCAUCAGACCAAAGGACCGAUUUCCACCAGUCUACUGUCCAUUGCUCGUGUUUCUUGGCCCAAGCAAGUCUCUUCUUCUUAUUGGUGUCCUUUAGAAGUGGUUUCUUUGCAGCAAUUCGACCAUGAAGGCCUGAUUCACAGUCUCCUCUGAACAGUUGAUGUUGAGAUGUGUCUGUCUGGUCUGCAAUCUGAGGUGCAGUUAAUUGUCGAUUUACGAGGCUGGUAACACUAAUGAACUUAUCCUCUCCAGCAGAGGUAACUCUGGGUCUUCCUUUCCUUUGGCGGUCCUAAUGAGAGCCUGUUUCAUCAUAGCGCUUGAUGGUUUUUGCGACUGCACUUGAUGAAACUUUCAAAGUUCUUGAAAUCUUCCGGAUUGACUGACCUUCAUGACUUAAAGUAAUGAUUGACUGUUGUUUCUCUUUGCUUAUUUGAGCUGUUCUUGCCAUAAUAUGGACUUGGUCUUUUACCAAAUAGGGCUAUCUUCUGUAUACCACCUCUACCUUGUCACAACACAACUGAUUGGCUCAAACGCAUUAAGAAGGAAAGAAAUUCCACAAAUUAUCUUUUAACAAGGCACACUUGUUAAUUGAAAUGCAGUCCAGGUGACUACCUCAUGAAGCUGGUUGGGAGAAUGCCAAGAGUGUGCAAAGCUGUCAUCAAGGCAAAGGGUGGCAACUUUGAAGAAUCUCAAAUAUAAAAUAUAUUUGUUUAACACUUUUUUGGUUACUACAUGAUUCACUAUUAUUCUACAAUGCAGAAAAUAUAAAAAUAAAGAAAAACCCUGGAAUGAGUAGGUGUGUCCAAACUUUUGACUGGUACUAUACAUUAAUGAAUCAUGAUGCAUACGCCACGUUCUUGUCACACACAUUUGUGAAGUCUGUAGAUUCUGUUGUGCGUUGCAGUUCUGACUAUCCAGAUUACAAAAAAGUAUCUAGUACCUAAAAGGGUUCUUCAGCUGUCCCCAUAGGAGAGCCCUUUAAAGAACCCUUUUUGGUUCCAGGUAGAACUCUUUUGGUUCCAGGCAGAACCCUUGCGGGUUCCAUGUAGAACAAUGAGGGUUAUACAUGGAAGUCAAAAGUGUUCUUCCUGGAACCAAAAAGGGUCCUACCUGGAACCAAAAAUAGUUAUCUCAUGGGGACAGCGAAGAACCCUUUUUGGAACCCUUUUUUCUAAGAGUGUACAUCUCCUGUGGAAUCCCAUCCAAGUACGCUGACGUUCACGUGUCUCUGAGUGUGUGUUCAUCUGUGUCUGCGUGUGUGUGUCCCUGGUGUGGGGCAGUUGGAGUGUGAGAGGUUCAGUGGAAUUUUUAGUAACAGGGAAUGGCGUUUUUGUUGUUGUUAGAGAUACGCCAUAAACUCCUGAUGACCUCAGGUAGCAAGGUUGCUAAAUAGUUGGCUAGCAGACAUCAGCAUCAGCUCCUCACUGUGGCAUUCUGCAUGCAACAGGGGAGCAGAUGGGAGCAAUAUGGGAAGUAUGGUAAUCAAGGGUGGAUGGAUAGAGAGGCCACACGUGAAUGUGCGCACACACUCUCAUUCCUCAGGUGAAUCAUAAAGCAUGUCCCAGACAGCCCCAAUGUAACACUCUGACAACAAACGCUAUCUCCUCUCUUCUUUCUCUCUCUCUCUCCCUCCCUCUUUUUCCCCUUCUCUCACUCUCACUCUCUCUCUCGCUCACAAAUACACGCACGGACGCACCAACACACACACGCAUGCACGCACACGCACACACACACACACACACACACACACACUAACUCUCUCUCAGACCAAUCAGAGCCUUCAGCUUAUUGUUGGACGUAAUUAGUUCCAUGGGAACGUGCAACAGCCUCACGCCUCAUGGUCGAUCACGUCAAGCACACGCCUGAUCAAAGGCUUCAGGUCUCUAGAGCUCUCUGCUCCAUUAACACAGAGAGGAACACUCUGUUUGGCUUCUUAACUCCAAAUCUGUGCCCGUUUGAACAGACUUCUAUGCGUCUGCUUAGUGUUUUCUAAGAGCUGUCUCUGAGGGUUAGUCUUAGUUUAUCAGGACUGAGAUUUAGGAUGAAGAGCUAGUGAAUCAGUAGGAGGACCAAUUCCUCGUGCUCUUCCUCAAUCAUAUAAACACUUCUGUUUCUAGGUGUUUCUGUUUCCAUACAGCACACAAACACACAUACUUGCGUCUUGACUGACCCAUGUUUCAAUAGGAAGGCUGCCUGUUUCUGUCACAGUGAUGUCACCAGAAGUUAAAAAGUGAGAGGUUAUUGUUAAGUUAAUGUGAUGUAAGAAACCUUCCAAUCAGAGAUUUAGAAAGAAAGGAAGAAGGAUGAAGGAGGGGGAAAUAAGGAAGGAGCAGAGGAAAUGUAUUUUUUGUAUUUUUCAGUGCGAACAAAAGGUCCAAUUAAUGAACAGAUUAUAAUUGCCCUCGUUUCCCCUACCCAAUUAGGGGCUUAAACAACGUUCUCAGAGCGCAGCCAAUCAGGGACCAGUGCUGUGUUUUAACGUCGGCAGGUAGCGAAGGCAGAAAUUAUAGCCGUCCACUUUGCUCUCUCUGGAGAGAAGCUUUUUCAUUAAGCUCUAAGACUCGGCAGCGCUCGGUGCCGCUUCAAGUGACCUCAGGAAACUUGUGGAAAAUUUGUACUCUAACUUCUACAGAGUUUAUUACUGUAACAUGGAGCUUUAGGGACUGGCUGGCUGUGGGAAAAUGUUAGAAGAUGUUUGAGGAGACUUUAGGAGACGUUUGAGCCACAUUUAGCCACAUUUGACAUUUGAGCCUAUUUACAUUUACAUUUUGGUCGUUUAGCAGACACUCUUAUCUAGAGCGUCUUUCAGUCGGUGUAUUCAACUAAGGUAGAUAAAACAACCACAUUCAGUACAGGAAUUACAAGUAAGAACUUUCCUCAUUAAAGCAGCAUAUUAUCCUGGUCCCAGAUCUGUUUGUGCUUUUGCUAACUCCAUUGUCAAGCCAAACAUGUUUUGUAAAACAAUUCCAUAAGGAGUUGGCAAUGGCAAGAGAGCAUAUAUAUAUAUAUAUAUAUAUAUAUAUAUAAACGUAUUAAAAAAACAACAUAAAGUGCUCUGUUAAUGAUAAUUGGCACAAGGACUGUAUGACCUAAAAGGACUGAAUAGAUUUUGAGUGAAAAUGACAAGGCUCUGUCGUAGCCGGCCGUGACCGGGAGACCCAUGGGGCGGCGCACAAUUGGCCCAGCGUCAUUCAGGGUAGGGGAGGGAAUGGCCGGCAGGGAUGUAGCUCAGUUGGUAGAGCAUGGCGUUUGCAACGCCAGGGUUGUGGGUUCGAUUCACAUGGGGGGCCAGUAUGAAAAAUAAAAAAUAAAUAAUGUAUGCACUCAAUAACUGUAAGUCGCUCUGGAUAAGAGCGUCUGCUAAAAAUGUAAAUUACUCAAAUGUAAAUCUAAAAUGUAAAUGUAAGACUCAUGUUGAAAUUCUACUCAUCAUGUUACCAUUGGGCACACCAGAGUCACAUUGGCAAAAGGGAAAUCCCCAAAUCAUCUGCUACCCUAUGGAUCCUCUUCAACAUCAUUGGAUAUGUAAUCUUUCAAGAUGACAAUACAGUUUUGGAGCCCGGUCAUGUUUGAAAGAUCCCAGGGCUGUGUGUGUGUGGUAACAUAUGCCAGAUGUUGAGCGUUACACUAUAUAUACAAAAGUAUGUGGACACCCCUUUAAAAUAGUGGAUUUGGCUAUUUUAGCCACACCAAUUGCUGACAGGUGUAUAAAAUCAAGCACACAGCCAUGCAAUCUUCAUAGACAAACAUUGGCAGUAGAAUCGCCUUACUGAAGAGCUCAGUGAUGCCACUUUUCUAACAAGUCAGUUCGUCAAAUUUCUGCCCUGCUAGAGCUGCCCCGGUCAACUGUAAGUGCUGUUGUUGUGAAAUGGAAACGUCUAGGCGCAACAACGGCUCAGCCGCGAAGUGGUAGGCCACACAAGCUCACAGAACGGGACCGCCGAGUGAUGAAGCACGUAGUGUGUAAACAUAGUUUGUCCUCGGUUGCAACACUCACUACCGAGUUCCAAACUACCUCUGCAAGCAACGUCAGCACAAGAACUGUUCGUCGGGAGCUUUAUGAAAUGGGUUUCCAUGGCCGAGCAGCUGCAAACAAGCCUAAGAUCACCAUGCGCAAUGCCAAGCGUCGGCUGGAGUGGUAUAAAACUCACUGCCAUUGGACUCUGGAGCAGUGGAAAUGCGUUCUCUGGAGUGAUGAAUCACGCAUCACCAUCUGGCAGUCCGACGGACAAAUCUGGGUUUGGCGGAUGCCAGGAGAACGCUACCUGCCGAAUGCAUAGUGGCAAUUGUAAAGUUUGGUGGAGGAGGAAUAAUGGUCUGGGGCUGUUUUUCAUGGUUCGGGCUAGGCCCCUUAGUUCCAGUGAAGGGAAAUCUUAACGCUACAGCAUACAAUGACAUUCUAGACGAUUCUGUGCUUCCAAGUUUGUGGCAACAGUUUGGGGAAAGCCCUUUUCCUGUUUCAGCAUGACAAUGCCCCUCUGCACAAAGCGAGGACCAACUGUUUUGAGCUGAAGUUCCCACUGACUUCUUAGUCAAUAAGGUUCUGAGUUAAAUAGGAUCCAUGUUUUUCAGGUGUAAUCUAAACAUCUGACUGGUAUAAAUAAAAGAGACGUGUGGCUCUCAUUUGGUUGGAACAGUACUAGCAGGGUUGUGGGUUCAAAACCUGUCUGGGCCACAUAUAACCUACUAAAUUCAUGUUAACUGCAAGUGACUUGGAUAAAAGCGUCCCUUAAAAGACCAUAUUUUAUUAAUGAAUCGUUACCAGGAAAUGUUUUGCUGUUGUUUUUGCCCUGUUUGCACUUUCAGUCGCUAAAUGCGUUCAUCCAUUUGGUGUUCACUCUACUGUCUGGUCACAGAAUGGAGGGGUGAUGCACUGAUACUCACAUCCACUGGUCCCAGUAUCUAGGCUGUACUGGUGUUAAUUGUCUACUGGUGCAGCAGCACAAAGACAGACAGAACGACAGACAGACAGACAGCUGACUCUGGAGUGUGCAGACUGGGGAGAGAAAGAGAGACUGGUUGUCUUUUAAAGGCUGUGUUCAAUUAACCAUGAGAGAGAUGGAGGGAAAGGAAGGAGAGAGAGAGGGAAAAGGAUGAAAGGAGAGAGUGGGUGGGCAAGAAGAGGAAAUGGAGAAGAAGAGAGGGAGAGUGAAGGUUAGAGAGAGAGAGGGGGGGGGGGGGGAUUAAGAGACUGGUGUCCAUUGAAGCCGGGACCGAGGCAGGAGUGGUGAGGGGAGGAGGGAUGUCCCAAGUGAGGCAUGAUUUUCUGCUCGGACAGGCGUGGGUUCCGUGCAUCGUCCCGGCAACCAAGUCACCAGCGGGGGAGGUUUUUUGCACGUCACUGAAUGACCUUCAUUCCUAUUUUGCCAGGUACACUCAGAACACUCAGAAAGGGUUCAGAACUUUUUUUGAAACAUCACAGUACAGUUGAAAAAUAUAUGGCGAAUAGAAAUCCAAUAAGGAUGGUGUUAAGAGGUAGAUGGGAGGUGUUGAAUGGAGCUGAAGGAUGGGACUAAUAACAACUAACAACAACUAAUAACAACAUGAUAACUAAUGUAAAGCAUACUGUGUCCAUAAUAAGUAUAUAGGUUAUAGGUUGAGAGCUUUUGUGAAAGAGCAGUUAGAAAAAUAUGGCAUAUAGAAGCAAACCGGAUGGACAUCAUGAAAAUGAACGGAGAGGUUGAGGGUAGAGGAAGUUCAGGAGUAAAAACAAACAAAAUAGAAUUACUGACUGUGUCAAUAAAAUGUAUAUAGUAUGUAUAAGCUGGAAGUAGAGGUCUAAGCGUUGUUGUUCACUAGUUUACUCCAAUUAGGGAAGGGGUGGUGGGGUUGGAAAGUAAUAAAGGGAAAUAUAUUUUUAAAAAGGAUAUGUAUAUAUAUGUAUGUAUAUGUAUUUAUAUAUAUGUAUGUGUAUAUGUAUGUGUAUGUAUGUAUAUGUAUAUAUACUGGACAUAUAUAUUUGCGUGAAAAAAAAACCAUAUGGGGGAUUGGAAGUGAUGCAGACAAUUACAUUGAUGGAAGUUACAAUCUAUCUGCAAUAUUAAAGCUGAUCUACUCCCCCCCAAACAAAAUAAAUAUAUAUAUAUAUUGUCACCAGCGGGGGAGGUUUUUUGCACGUCACUAAAUGACCUUCAUUCCUAUUUUGCCAGGUACACUCAGAAUUUAACAGGGUCGGGUACACCACACACACACACACACACACACACACACACACACACACACUGCGUUCCAGUCUGGCAGGAUUCGCUAAAAGCUUCCACUUGCCUUCCUAUGUAGAAACAGCUCCAAUGUGAGACUCUUCACACACCAUAGUUCAAUCAACCACAACUUUCUACUUCCUCUCCAUCCGCAGCAAAGAGCCAUUGAUUAAGACCUUAAUGUGGACAAAGUGAUGAAAACUCAUGUUCUCCUCAAAGUCCCCUUCGUUAAAGCCUGACAAGGGAGAAUCUCUUUAUGGUAAUGAUUUUAAAAGCUACCCUACUAUUUUGUAAAAGGACUGCCCAAGUGAAGAUUAUCUUUCUCCUCUCCUCUCCUCUCCUCUCUCUCUCCUCUCUCUCUCUCUCUCUCUCUCUCUCUCUCUCUCUCUCUCUCUCUCUCUCUCUCUCUCUCUCUCCUCCUCUCUCUCUCUCUCUCUCUCUCUCUCUCCUCUCUCUCUUCUCUCUCUCUCUCUCUCUCUCUCUCUCUCUCUCUCUCUCUCUCUCUCUCUCUCUCUCUCUUUCUUUCUCAGGCUGUUUGUCAUCUAAGGGGGAGGACAGGCUGUUCAGGAAUUUAUUCAGGAGAUACAACCAGUUCAUCAGGCCAGUGGAGAAUGUCUCUGACCCUGUCACCGUGGAGUUUGAGGUCUCCAUAUCCCAAUUGGUCAAAGUGGUGAGACUCACCUGCAUCAUUACUGGAGCAAAUAAGGAUAUUACUUUGUCCUAUUUAUUUGACCGAUUUACUUAAUUACGUACAUGCUAUGACUUCAUGUUCAUAUUAUUUCAAUUUCUUCUCAGGAUGAAGUCAAUCAGAUUAUGGAAACCAAUCUAUGGCUGAGACAUGUAAGUCAAGUUAUCUGAUCUAAGAAGUUUAGUCUAUACCCCUUAAUACCCCCGUUAAAGCACUGUUAAAAUCUUUGUUGCAGGUCUGGAAUGACUACAAACUGAAAUGGGUUCCCAUUGAGUAUGACGGACUUGAGUUCAUUCGUGUGCCCUCCAAUAAGAUAUGGAGGCCGGACAUCGUCCUCUACAACAAGUGAGCUCAAUCUCUUAACUCUGUACAUUAUUAUGCAGGGGCGCAACUUUCACGAAAUGGCAUGUUUGUCCCCCCCAGUUUUAUCAUUGGGAUGUGAUACAAAACGAGGCAACGGUGUGCUUUAGGACCAUGCAGACACCUCCGAGCGGUCGGGUAGGCUGUUUGGAGUGUUUAUCCACCCACCUCUAAAACCAAAGUUGCGCCCCUGUUAUUAUGUUCUCUUGUUGCCCUUUAGCCAUCAGUGCUAAAUGCUAUGCUAACCAUCAUCCAUGAUCGCCUCUCCAGUUCUAGGGGUGUUUUUAUUAGCCAUCACUGCUAAAUGCUACGCUAACCAUCACCCACUGUCUCCUCUCCAGUUCUGGGGGUGUUUUUUUAGCCAUCAGUGCUAAAUGCUACACUUAUCACAUUUCAGGAGACGACCCAGAUGCAGACAGUGUUGAAGUAACAAAAGUUUAUUACAAAAACAGGGGGCAGGCAAACGACAGGUCAAGGGCAGGCAGAGGUCAGUAAUCCAGAUCAGAGUCCAAAAGGUACAGAAUGGCAGGCAGUCUCAGGGUCAGGGCAGGCAGAGGUCAAUAAUCCAGGGUGGUGUGACAAGGUACAGAAUGGCAGGCAGGCUCAGGGUCAGGGCAGGCAGAAUGGUCAAAACCGGGAAAACUAGAAAACAGGAACUUGAGAAAGACAGCAGCAAGGGGAAAAAUGCUGGUAGGCUUGACGAAACAAAAUAAACUGGCAACAGACAAACAGAGAACACAGGUAUAAAUACACUGGGGAUAAUGGGGAAGAUGGGCGACACCCGGAGGGGGGUGGAGACAAUCUCAAAGACAGGUGAAACAGAUCAGGGUGUGACACUCUAACCAUCACCCAUUUUCUCAUCUUCAGUUCUGGUGGUGUGUUUUUUUGCCAUCAGUGCUAAAUGCUAUGCUAUCAUAUCUCCCCUCUCUUCAGUGCUGUGGGAGAUUUCCUGGUUGAGGACAAGACCAAAGCUCUGCUGAAGUUUGACGGCACCAUCACCUGGAUCCCCCCCGCCAUCUUUAAAUCCUCCUGCCCCAUGGACAUCACCUACUUCCCCUUCGACUACCAGAACUGCUCCAUGAAGUUUGGCUCCUGGACCUACGACAAGGCCAAGAUUGACCUGGUGCUCAUAGGGUCAAAGGUCAGUAAUCCCACUGGUUAGCUAGUUAACUAACUCGUUUGCUAGCUAGUUAGCCACAUUAAAUAAAUGGGUUAUAUUUGUUGGUUAAUUCAAUGUGGCUGGCUUUAUGGUUUUCUUUGUCAAUUUCAACCAGAAUUACUUUUUGUCUUUUUUAUGACGUAAUCUCAGUCGAAGCCCUCUUCAUCUCCUUCUAGGAUAGAACUCCUCUGGCUCUGCUUUAUGGUUGACAUACUACUGUCUCUCCAUAGGUGAACCUCAAAGACUUCUGGGAGAGUGGCGAGUGGGAGAUCAUCGACGCACCGGGCUACAAACACGACAUCAAGUACAACUGUUGCGAGGAGAUCUACCCAGACAUCACCUACUCCUUCUACAUCAGACGCCUGCCUCUCUUCUACACUAUCAACCUCAUCAUCCCCUGUCUCCUCAUCUCCUUCCUCACCGUCCUCGUCUUCUAUCUCCCCUCUGAAUGUGGAGAGAAGGUGACCCUCUGUAUCUCCGUCCUCCUGUCGCUCACUGUGUUCCUCCUGGUCAUCACUGAGACCAUCCCGUCUACGUCUCUGGUCAUCCCUCUCAUCGGGGAGUACCUCCUCUUCACCAUGAUCUUCGUCACCCUCUCCAUCGUCAUCACUGUGUUCGUGCUGAACGUCCACUACCGUACGCCUAUGACCCACACCAUGCCGGCCUGGGUCAGGUCUGUGUUCCUGGGGUUGCUGCCCAAGGUGAUGCUCAUGAGGAGGCCUGUAGACCAGGGCUGCCCCUCCUCCGUGGGGAGUGGGAGAGGAGAUGGAACAGGAGGGGGGAGUAUUGGAGAUGGGGGGUGUAGGAGGAGGAGGAGCGAGUGGAACGGGGAAGAAGAGGAAGAAUAGCAUUGGGGGAGGAAUAGGGGGCGGGUGUGUGCAGGUGGACGGGGGUGCGGUCACCGCCGAAAGGGGGCAGGUGGGAGCGAUGAACUGUGUGGAGUCCGGCGAAGUGCAGAACAAGCCUAAUUUCCCCUGUAAGGGGAAAGAGGUGCCCAUCGCCACUGUACCCCCGGUGGUGCCCCUUCCUGCCCCCUCUGAGCCGGACCUACCCAAACUGCCCCGAGCGCUCAACACCCCACCCAACGUCAAUGCAGUGGUGGCCUUCUCUGUGGUGUCACCAGAGAUCAAACAGGCCAUCGAGAGUGUCAAGUACAUCGCUGAGAACAUGAGGACACGCAACAAGGCCAAAGAGGUAGCUUUGGGUUAUUACGUAGUUUUACAGAGUGAAAUGCUUUUCCAUAAAGAGUGACCUAAGACAACAACACAGCAUGGCAGCAACACAACAUGACAAAAACAUGGUAGCAACACAACAUGGCAGCAGCACAACAUUGUAGCAGCACAAAGAUGGUACAGAUAUUGUAGGCACAGAAAACACAAAGGGCAAAAAGGUAGAGACAAUGAUACAUUACACGAAGCAGCCACAAGUGUCAGUAAGGGUAUCCAUGAUUGAGUCUUUGAAAAGUCGUGGUCAAAAGUUUUGAGAAUGACACAAGUAUUGGUCUUCACAAAGUUUGCUGCUUCAGUGUUUUUAGAUAUUUUUGCCAGAUGUUACUAUGGUAUACUGAAGUAUAAUUACAAGCAUUCCAUAAGUGUCAAAGGCUUUUAUUGACAAUUACAUUAAGUUUAUGCAAAGAGUCAAUAUUUGCAGUGUUGACCCUUCUUUUUCAAGACCUCUGCAAUCCGCCCUGGCAUGCUGUCAAUUAACUUCUGGGCCACAUUCUGUGCCACAUCCUGACUGAUGGCAUAAUCAAUGCUUGGAAUUUGUCCGAAUUUGUGGGUUUUUGUUUGUCCACCCGCCUCUUGAGGAUUGACCACAAGUUCCCAAUGGGAUUAAGGUCUGGGGAAUUUCCUUGCCACUUUUGCCUUAUGGCAAGGUGCUCCAUCAUGCUGGAAAAGGCAUUGUUCGUCACCAAACUGUUCUUGGAUGGUUGGGAGAAGUUGCUCUCUGAGGAUGUGUUGGUACCAUUCUUUAUUCAUGGCUGUGUUCUUAGGUAAAAUUGUGAGUGAGCCCACUCCUUUGGCUGAGCAGCAACCCAACACAUGAAUGGUCUCAGGAUGCUUUACUGUUGGCAUGACACAGGACUGAUGGUAGCGCUCACCUUGUCUUCUCUGGACAAGCUUUUUUCCGGAUGCCCCAAACAAUCGGAAAAGGGAUUCAUCAGAGAAAAUGACUUUACCCCAGUCCUCAGCAGUCCAAUCCCUGUACCUUUUGCAGAAUAUCAGUCUGUCCCUGAUGUUUUUCCUGAAGUGGCUUCCUCGCUGCCUUUCUUGACACCAGGCCAUCCUCCAAAAGUCUUCGCCUCACUGUGCGUGCAGAUGCACUCACACCUACCUGCUGCCAUUCCUGAGCAAGCUCUGCACUAGUGGUGCCCCGAUCCCGUAGCUGAAUCAACUUUAGGAGACGGUCCUGGCGCUUGCUGGACUUUCUUGGGCGCCCUGAAGCCUUCUUCACAACAAUUGAACCUCUAUCCUUGAAGUUCUUGAUGAUUCCGAUAAAUGGUUGAUUUAGGUGCAAUCUUACUAACAGCAAUAUCCUUGCCUGUGAAGCCCUUUUUGUGCAAAGCAAUGAUGACGGCACGUGUUUCCUUGCAGGUAACCAUGGUUAACAGAGGAAGAACAAUGAUUUCAAGCACCACCCUCCUUUUAAAGCUUCCAGUCUGUUAUUCUAACUCAAUCAGCAUGACAGAGUGAUCUCCAGCCUUGUCCUCGUCAACACUCUCACCUGUGUUAACGAGAGAAUCUCUGACAUGAUGUCAGCUGGUCCUUUUGUGGCAGAGCUUUUUGGGGGAUUUUCAAUGGCGAAGAGGGACUUUGCAAUGAAUUGCAAUUCAUCUGAUCACUCUUCAUAACAUUCUGGAGUAUAUGCAAAUUGCCAUCAUAAAAACUGAGGCAGCAGACUUUGUGAAAAUUAAUAUUUGUGUCAUUUUCAAAACCUUUGACCACGACUGUAGAGAUGGAGAUAAAACUGUCCAGAUGUAGUGUUUUUCGCAGCUCUUUCCAGUCACUAGCUGCAGCAAACUGAAAAGAGGAGCAACCCAGGAAUGUGUGUGCUUUGUGGACCUUUAACAGAAUGUGACUGGCAUAGCGGGUGUUGUAUGUGGAGGAUGAGGGUUGCAUUAGGUAUCUCAGAUAGGGGGGGUGAGGCCUAAGAGGGUUUUAUAAAUAAGAAUCAAACAGUGGGUCUUGCACCGGGUAUACAGAGAUGACCAGUUUACAGAGGAGUAAAGAGUGCAGUGAUGUGUCCUGUGAGGAGCAUUGGUGGCAAAUCUUUGGCCAAAUGGUAAAGAACAUCUAGCCGUUUGAGACCACCCGUACCUGCCGAUAUAUAAAUUACAUCUCCGUAAUCUAGCAUGGGUAGGAUGGUCAACUGAAUCACGAUUAGUUUGGCAGCUUGGGUGAAAGAGGAGCAAUUACGAUAGAGGAAACCAAGUCUAGAUUGAACCUUAGCCUGCAGCUUGGAUAUGUGCUGAGAGAAAGACAGUGUACUGUCUAGCCAUACUCCCAAGUACUUGUAUGAGGUGACUACCUCAAGCUCUAAACCCUCAGAUGUAGUAAUCACACCGGUGGGGGGAUUCUUCUUACCGAACCACAUUACCUUUAUUUUGGAAAUGUUCAGAACAAGGUUAAGGGCAGAGAAAGCUUGUUGGACACUAAGAAAGCUUUGUUGUAGAGUGUUUAACACAAAAUCCGGGGAGGGGCCAGCUGAGUAUAAGACUGUAUCAUCUGCAUAUAAAUGGUUGAGAGAGCCUCCUACUGCCUGAGCUAUGUUGUUGAUGUAAAUUGAGAAGGAUCGAGCCUUGGGGUGUCCCUUGGUGACAGGCAGUGGCUGAGACAGGAGGUGUUCUAACUUUACACACUGCACUCUUUGAGAGCGGUAGUUAGCAAACCAGGCCAAAGACCCCUCAGAGACACCAAUACUCUUUAGCCACCCACAAGAAUGGAAUGGUCUACCGUAUCAAAAGCUUUGGCCAAGUCAAUACAAAUACCAGCACAACAUUGCUUAGAAUCAAGGGCAGCGGUGACAUCAUUUAGGACCUUUUCGAUUGCAGUGACACAUCCAUAACCUGAGCAGAAACCAGAUUGCAUACCAGAGAGAAUACUAUAGACAUCAAGAAAGCCAGUCAAGUUUUUCCAACAACAUAAACAGGGCAAGAUAGAAAUGGACCUAUAACAGUUAGGAUCAGCUUGAUCUCCACCUUUAAAUAAAGGAUGCACCAUGGCUGCCUUCCAAGCACUGGGAACCUCCCCAGAGAGGAGAGACAGGUUAAAAAGGUGAGAGAUAGGCUCGGCGAUGAUAGGGGCAGCAACCUUAAAGAAGAAAGGAACUAAACCAUAUAAUAUAUAAUAUGCCAUUUAGCAGACGCUUUUAUCCAAAGCGACUUACAGUCAUGUGCAUAACAUUUAUUUUUACGUAUGGGUGGUCCCGGGGAUCGAACCCACUACCCUGGCGUUACAAGCACCACGCUCCACCAAUUGAGCUACAGAGGACCACCAUCUGACCCAGAUGUUUUUUUGGGGUCAAGUUUAAGGAGCUCCUUUAGGACCUCAGACUCAGUGACCGCCUGUAGGGAGAAGCUGUGUAGCAGGGCAGGGGAAAAAGAGGGAGGAGCAUCAUGGCUAGUCGCAUUAGAAAGGCUGGGAGAUGAGGAAAUGUUGGACGGGCAAGGAGGCAUGGCUGAGCCAAAUAGGAAUCCUGACUUAAUGAGGUGGUGAUUAAAGAGCUCAGCCAUACGCUCCUUGUCAGUAACAACCACAUCAUCAACAUUAAGGGACAUGGGCAGCUGUGAGGAGGAGGGUUUAUUCUCCAGGUCUUUCACCAUUUUCCAGAACUUAUUGAGGUUAGACCCACAGAGAGAGAACUGCUUUUUAAAGUAACUAACUUUGGCCUCCUGGAGAGCCUGAGUGCACUUAUUUCUCAUUUGCCUGAACGAUAGACAGUCAGCCUGAAUAUUUGUGUGCCGAGCCAAAAAAGAAGGUCCAAGUAUCUUUUACAGAGGGGAUCAAGCUGAUUCUAUACCAAUUUACAGAGGCCAGGUCAUGAAGGAAGGUUUGCUCAUUAACGUUUUUCAACAAGAAUCAGGACAGGUUGUUUAACUGAGCAGCCAUUACGAACACAGGCCAUAAAACAGUGAUCACUAAGGUCAUUACAGAAAACACCAGACUGAUACGUAUCAGGAUUAUUUGUGAGGAUAACAUCAAGGAGAGUAGCCUUUUCUGGGUGUUUGGAGUCCUACUUUGUGGUAUUGUUAAUAGUCUGAGCGAGAUUUAGUGAGUCCCAUUGCUUUAAGACUUGCUCAGGUGGUUUAAGCAUGUCCCAGUUUAGCAGGACAAAUUCAGACUUAGUGUAAGGGGCCAGGAGAGAGCUUAGGGCAGGUAGGGUACAGGCCGGUGCUGAUGGUGGACGAUAACACCCAGCAACAGUCAACAAAGAGCGAUUAGAUAGCUUAAUGCUUAAAACCAGAAAAUCAAAUUGUUUGGUGACAGACUUGGUGGAGACAACCGAGCACUGAAAGUGUUCCUUGGUAGAUUGCUACUCCAACACCUUUGGAAGAUCUGUCUUGCCGAAAAAUGUUAUAACCAGAAAGGUUAACAUCAGUGUUCAGAACACUCUGGUGCAGGGGUACCUGUACCAGACGGGGAGACAAGCCAGGGCAGACGGGGAGCAGAUCGUCGGGUGGGAUCCAAGCAGCAGUGCAGCCGGCAAUGGGAAAAGGUGUCACACCCACUUGGGAGAAGCCUUUGUCGGGAGGCUGAGUAGGAGAGGAGGCAUUCAACCUUACAAGACAGGUUCAUGUUGGAGCAGAUAAAAACGUCCAAAGCGAAAAGCUGAACGAAAAAUGUGGUGCGAAGAAAAAACCAAGACGCUGGUAAAAACGCUAUAUUCCAAAGCCAGAUCAAACAGCAAUUAAAGUUAUUGGUUAUUACAUCGUUAUUAGCGAGUUACCUGUUCAAAUCAAAUCAAAUCAAAUUGUAUUGGUCACAUGCACAUAUUUAGCAGAUGUUAUUGCGGGUGUAGCGAAAUGCUUGUUCUUCAGUUAUUGGUUAUUACAUCGUUAUUAGAGAGUUACUUGUUCUUCAGUUAUUGGUUAUUACAUAAUUAUUAGAGUUACCUGUUCUUCAGUUAUUGGUUAUUACAUUGGUAUUACAGAGUUACCUGUUCUUCAGUUAUUGGUUAUUACCAAGUUAUUACACAGUAACUACAGAGAAAUGUUCUGCAAUGUAAGUCUCUGUGAGCAAAGGUUUUGGAUUACAUCCCUAAUAGGGAACUGAAGAAAGCAGAAGGAUUUCCUUGUCAUUCUCUGUAUUGCAGCUUGUCCAGUGGAAGUGGUAUAUAAAAUACAAGCAGUUUUUGGACUUCAGCUAAAUGAAAUGACCAAAUGUGCUGGGCCAUGCACUCUUGAAAUUCCACAGCCAUGCACACAGUCAUACACACACACACACACACACACACACACACACACACACACACACACACACACAACUAGGCUUGGGCCGUAUCCAGAUUGUCAUACCUUCAAACUGACCUUGUGCCAUAUCGGGAUAUUCGGUAAUAACGGCACUGAACACAAGGGGCACUGUUUUCAAACCCCACUGAUACUCUGUAAUCUGAAGGUUAGCAAUUCUAACAAGUACAUGUAAAAUCCCAUAGAGAAUGCUAACUAAAUGCUAACGAGCGCAUUGCUAACAUUUUCUACAGUUUCUGACCUAAACUAUACAAGUAUACAAGUAACUCAAAAAUGAUACUCACAAUCUGCUAAUGUAUUGCACAAGUUGACUGCAGGUAUUUACUUAAAAUGUAGCUACAAAUAUUAACAUUUAUUUAAAAAACUUCAAAGAAAUGGUUUCAAUGUUAUUGACAGUAUUGAAAAACCAUCCCGUGGCUUUUUCCAAAUACCCCAGUAUACGGUAUAUAUUCUUACACACCCAGACACAAACAGACACAACUGAGGCAGUGUAUUAUUUGAUAGAGUGCAGAACUCCAUGGGGUAUUAUUCCUGGUUUCUACCUGGUUUAAUCUAAACUGUUAAACCCUUUUACAUGCAGUAUAAAGCUGUUUGUGAGACAGCUGUUUGAGAGAGAGCUUUAGUAGGCUUCUCUCUCUCUCUUUGUCUCUUUCUCUCUCUCCCCGCUCUCUCUCUCUCUCUCUCUCUCCUCUUCUAUCUCUCUGCAGCUGGCUUAUAAGCUUGUUGCUCAGUCCUUUCUUAGUAUUUUCUUAGUAAAUCCUGAGUUCAGUAUUGAAAUGAUGCACACAGAAUAGCCAUACACCCUUCUGGAGACUUCACCCUAUAACCCUAUAACCAGUGGACCACAGCAGGUUGCUUCAGGAAAACACACGUGCCUGGAACACAUGUGCCUGUCAAGAAAAACACACACCUGGCCUGACCCAAUCAUGCUAUAUGCUAUAGGGGCUCAAUGAAUACUGUUUUUUCUCUCUCUCUCUGACUCCUUCGGUCUGUCCCGUUCUCUCGCUCUCUCUCUCUCUCUCUCUCUCUCUCUCUCUCUCUCUCUCUCUCUCUCUCUCUCUCUCUCUCUCUCUCUCUAUAUAUAUAUAUAUAUAUAUAUAUAUAUAUAUAUAUAUAUAUUUCUCUCUCUCUCUCUCUCUCUCAUUCUUCGUCUUUCUCCUUUUCUCACACAUCCUAAUUUGCAUAUUCCUUGCGGAGGAACACAGCGUCGACAUCCUUUAGCACAGUGAUCCUCACAACAUUUUCAGAAAGGUCAAUGAUGUGUUUACACAAUAAGUCUGUAAGAGAAAGAGAGAGAAGGAGAGAGAUAGAAAGGGAGAGAGAGAGUGUAUUUAUUAAUUCCCUUUUGAACCUUUCCUCAGAUCACUUUCCUUCUUUGUCUUACGAUAUUUCUUAUUGCCUUCAAUGACCUGUGCUACCCUGUCUUCUGACGAGCUCCUUCUUCCCUCUCUUUUCUCUCUCUCUCUCUCUCUCUCUCUCUCUCUCUCUCUCUCUCUCUCUCUCUCUCUCUCUCUCUCUCUCUCUCUCUCUCUCUCUCUCUCUCUCCAGGUGGAAGAUGACUGGAAGUACGUAGCGAUGGUGAUUGACAGGAUCUUCCUGUGGGUGUUUGUGACUGUGUGUAUCACUGGAACUCUGGGACUGUUCCUUCAGCCUCUCAUCGGCUUCUUCACA